AAAGGACCCUCUAUUACAUCCUUCUCUGAAACCCCAUCAACCAUUCACGAAAACCCCCCUCUCUCUCUCUCUCUCUCUCUCUCUCUCUCUCUCUCUCCCUCCCUCCGCAUCAUGGUGGUAUCUUCCAAGGAAGAAAGCCCAGUCUAUGGAAUCAAACUUUCAUCAGUUGGGCCAGGAAAGGUAACAGGACAAGACGUGGUUCAUGAGCCAACAAACAUGGACUUAGCCAUGAAACUCCACUACCUAAGAGGUGUUUACUACUUCAGUAGCCAAGCACUUGAAGGGUUAACCAUCACGUACAUGAAGGAGUCUUCGUUCACCUUGUUGAACUAUUUCUACGUCGCAUGUGGUCGGUUUCGCAGGUCCGAGUCCUCGGGACGUCCCUACAUCAAGUGUAAUGACUGUGGUGUUAGGCUCAUUGAAGCCCAUUGUGUCAACACCAUUGAUGAGUGGCUUGAGAUGGUGAAGGAUGUUGAUGAUGAUGAUAAUGGUGACCUUCAUAAGUUGCUUUCUUACAACCAAGUCAUUGGUCCUGAAUUACCUUUCUCUCCUCUUGUUCUUUUGCAGAUAACUCGGUUCAAAUGCGGUGGAAUAUCGGUGGGCCUAACUUGGGCCCAUGUUCUUGGAGAUACAUUUUCAGCCAUAGAUUUCAUGAAUGCAUGGGGCCAAGUCAUGGCAGGACAUAAGCCGGCCCAAUCACUCAAACCAGACCAAUCACACACUAAGAUUGAAAUCUCCUCAAGCCCACUUAAACGAUCCGAAGACCCACUCUCUGUGAAACAGGUCGGCCCAGUUGGAGACCAUUGGAUAAGUCCCAAUAACUGCAAAAUGGAAGCAUUUUCUUUCCAGCUUAGUACCAAGCAGAUAAGUCAGUUGCACUCAAAGGUGUGUGGCCAAGUUGGUACUAAAACAAUUCCAGUGUUUCAGUCCCUAUGUGCUCUUAUUUGGAAGACUAUAGCCAAAAUUAGAGAUGGGCCUGAGCCCAAAGUGGUGACGAUUUGCAAAAACAAUCCCCAAAAUGGUCAUAAAAAUGGUCUUUUGAGCAACGGUCAAGUUGUAAGUGUGGUUGAGGCUAGUUUUUCCAUAAUGGAAGCCAAUUUGAAGGAACUGGCGGAAUUGGUAAUUAAUCAAGCUAUGGAUGAGCAAAGCAAGAUCGAAGAGGCAAUGGAGAGAGAUCAGGGACUUUCUGAUUUUGUUAUUUAUGGAUCAAACUUGACUUUUGUUGAUUUGGAGGAUGUCAAUCUUUAUGGGUUUGAAUUGAAGGGACAAAAGCCUGUUUACGCGACCUAUGCCAUUGAUGGAGUUGGAGACGAAGGAGCUGUUUUGUUUCUUCCAGGGCCCAAAGAUGGGAAUGGAGGAAAGGUUGUGACCCUAAUCAUGCCACAGAAUCAAGUUUUGAAGCUGAAAUAUGAGCUGAAAAGAGAAUUUUCAACUGCUUGAAUGUACUUCUAAGAUCAAUUCAUGUGUGGUGCGUGUGGUCAUCAAUGUGUACUAAAAAUAUUAUGAUGUGUCAUAGCUUGAGGACCCAAAAUGCAGGCCCAUUAUGAGGCGUGGUCAUCAAUGUGUACUAAAUGUUAUGCUGUGUGUCAUAUAGAAGGAUUCUAUUUGUACCAAAAUAAUAAUUUAGUAUGUUUAAUUAAAAUUUUAAUUAUUA